CGACCCACCGAACGCAGUGCCAUCCAGUGUCUCCCCUCCUCUCCAACAUGUCCGUGCUCGUGAUGAAGCUGAAGAAGUGGAAGGACAGCCGUCCCAACAGAAACACCUUCCCCACCAGCCACCUGGAGACCUGGGAUGAGCGACAGCGGCGCAAGGCGGCUCUGCUCAUCAUAUACAUCAAGACGCUCGUCUACUUCUCCGUCGUGGCGAUGGUGAUGCCGCCCACCUGGCCGUACCUCCAGUCGCUGGAUCCGAACGCCUCCAAGACACUGGUCGGAUGGAUUAUUGUUGGGGUACCGGCUCUACGGCCGGUCAAUGCGCUACUCGUUGGGUGGCUGCUGAAGAAGUUCUCCAUUCGAGCUGUGACCAUUGUGUCGGGGGUCUUUAUUCUGGUCUCGUGCGCUAUGUGGUCUACGGCCUAUCAUGUGAGUAUGAUAAAUUCUGGUCUUUGAAAUUGAAAGAACGUUGAUUCAUGACAUGACUCAAUGCGUAUGUAAACGUAUGAAAAUGAUCGAAGCAGGAUAAUCAAUUAGGAGAAUAAAUACUAACAAAUGACUAGUUAGGGU